AAAAGCGGAAUCUUAUGGUCCAACAGUUAUAUCCCGAUUUUUAGUCAAUCCUCCAGAGGAAAUACCCAAAUUCUCUAAAUCACUUACAAGAGUUUCCGAAAUUUUGAUGAUAUUCAAGACCCCCGCUAAAUUUUGCCGAUUGGGAACAAUGAAGCUGCUAUCGUUAUUUGUUAUAAUCAUGGCUGCGCUUGUAGUAGCCUGCUCUGCCCACAACGGCAGCCGCAGUCCUCACCGGAUUCUUUUGGAUACCGAUGUUGAAACAGACGAUCUCUUUGCUAUUUUGUACCUCCUGAAGCUUAAUAGAUCUGAAUUUGAUUUGCAGGCAAUAACGAUUAACACAAAUGCAUGGUCAGACGCCGGGCAUGCAGUGAAUCAAAUAUAUGAUAUUCUUUACAUGAUGGGGCGGGAUGACAUUGCUGUCGGUAUGGGGGGUGAGGGUGGAAUACUCGAUGAUGGUAAAAUACAGCCGAAUGUUGGUGGAUAUAUUCCUAUAAUUGACCAGGGGAGUGGUACAGCUGGACCUUGUAGAUAUAGACAGGCUAUUCCUGUUGGAAAAAGAUUGUAUAAAGAUACAAACUAUGGCUAUCGAAAAAGCUUUCUUCCACAGGGAAGCAGGAGAUAUUCACCUCUUCAACAACCAAGUGCUCAGAAAGUACUAAUCGACAAGAUAUCUGAAGGUCCCAUUAGUUUGUUUGUAAUUGGGGCGCACACAAAUAUUGCCAUCUUUCUUAUGACUAAUCCACAUUUAAAGAAAAAUGUUGAGCACAUUUAUAUUAUGGGGGGUGCUGUGAGGUCAAAGAACCCAACCGGUUAUCCUGGUAAUGUAUUUACAAGCUUCAAAAGUAAUCCGUAUGUGGAAUUCAACUUCUUUGGAGAUCCUUUUGCAGCAUAUCAGGUUAUUCAUUCUGGUAUUCCAGUCACCCUUGUUCCCCUAGAUGCAACAAACACAAUUCCCGUUUCAAAAAACUUCUUCGAGGCAUUUGAGCGUAAUCAACAUACCUACGAGGCACAAUAUGUUUUCAAGUCACUUAAGAUGGUCAGAGAUAUAUGGUCUGACAAUCGUUUCUAUGAGAGUUGUUUUAUGUGGGACUCAUUUAUGUCAGGUGUUUCCACUUCAAUUAUGCGUAAUCUACACAAACAACAUGGAGAAAACGAAUUUUCAGAAAUGCAUUAUAUGGAUAUUACCGUGGUUACUUCCAAUAAACCUUACGGGAUAUCUGAUGGCUCAAAUAAAUUCUUUGAUGGUCGUAAAAUUCCAAAAUUCAACUUAAAGAGAAAUGGAGUUCAUAGUGGUCAUGUUCAAACCGGAAUUCAAGAUCCUUUUUGCCUCCAAAAAAAUGGGACAGGGAGAUGUAAGGAUGGUUUAACAGAGAGAGUCACUGGAAGGGAUUCAGCGGGUGUAUUGAUUGCUACAAGGGCAAAGCCAAAUCGCAACAAGACUAGCUCCCUCGAAAGAGAAUUUUUCGUCAGUUUUCUGGAUGUGUUAAACCGACAAAAAAAUAAAGGCAUAUUCAAUUUUACAUCUCAAUUUCCCAACUACAAGGAAGUUCUCUACAAACCAGAUUUUGAAGGGAAAAAACUAGGAAAGAUGAUUGUUUUUGACAUGGAUAUGAGUGCAGGUGACUUUUUGGCCCUCUUUUAUCUUCUCAAAGUACCCAUAGAGACAAUAUAUCUUAAGGCAAUACUAGUAACUCCAACCGGCUGGGCAAAUGCAGCAACAAUAGAUGUGAUCUAUGAUUUACUACAUAUGAUGGGUCGUGAUGAUAUUCUUGUUGGUUUAGGGGAUUCAUUUGGUUUGAACCAGUCUUACCCGAAUGACCCAAACACUGGCAACUGCAAGUACUCGAAGGCUAUCCCAAAUGGAAGUGGUGGUUUGUUGGACUCCGACACCCUCUUUGGACUUGCUCGUGAUCUACCAAGAAGCCCAAGAAGAUAUACAGCAGAAAAUUCUGUGGAGUUUGGAGCUCCUAGGACUACUGAUUUCCCUCAACUUAGACAACCAUUAGCACUCGAAGUUUGGAACUCAAUAGCGAAAUCUGCUGAUCUUGAAUCUAAAAUUACCAUUUUAACCAAUGGGCCGUUGACAACUUUAGCAAAAAUUAUACUUGCAGACACAAAUGCUAGUUCUAUCAUACAGGAUGUAUUUAUAGUAGGAGGGCAUAUCAACUACCAGAACAAAGACAAUGGAAAUGUUAUCAAUGUUCCUUCAAACAAGUACACUGAACUGAACAUGUUUCUUGACCCUUUAGCCGCAAAGGUAGUUUUUGAUUCAUCACUUGAUGUCACACUCAUCCCUCUUUCCAUGCAACGAAAGGUUUGUUCGUUUCCGCACAUCAUAAAAAAGUUGGAUAUGAAGAAAAAGACACCUGAAGCUCAUUUCAGUGAACAUUUGUUGACAAGACUGUAUCACUUGCAACAAAGGAAUCAUAGAUAUCGACAUAUGGACACGUUCUUGGGGGAGAUCUUGGGUGCAGUUAUCUUGGCUGGUGAUCAACAAACUUUAAAUGCAACCUUUCAUGUCAGACAUCUUAAGGUUCAUGCAACAGGACAAAUAUCUAAAGAUGGAGAAAUUACAGAAGACGCUGAAAAAAGGAAAUCAUUCAAAGUAUUGGAGAGGUUUGACCACGUAUCAUUUUAUGAGGUUUUUGCAGGCCGUCUUUCUGAUUACACACAAUCGAGUGUCGUUGGAAGCUUCAGCGAGCAAAAGAGAAUUUGGAGCACUCCGGAUUGAUGAUCUUGAGGCAGUUGUAAACAUUGCAUAUAUUACAAUGUUGUUGAUCAUAUCAAUGGGAUGAAAAAUAAUUGUGAAAUAAAAUAACAUUGAUGCAUGAAGUUGCUACCUGUAUAUGUUUUGUUGUGCAAAUAUCUAAACAUGACACUUUCUUUGUUC